AUGUCUAAAGCGGGCGCACGGCGUAAGAACCCACCGGCACAUGACUUGGAGGGUGCCGAAGGCGGAGAGGAGGCUCCAGCAGUGACCCCGGAGCCCGGGACCCCGGUGACGGUCCCCGUGGAGACGAGCGGGCCGGAGCGGAGGCGCGGACGCGGCCAACCGUCCCGCACUCGGGACGGGAGCAACCCCGCCCGCGACGACGCGGCUUCACAUCAAGUUGCGCCCGCCGGGGGGGCCCCGGGUAAGUACGCGCGUGCCGUCCUCGCCGGGCCGCCGGGGUGGGCAGCGGCGACUGCCGCUGCCCCGUACAUCGCCGUGCCGCCGGAAUGGGCCGCGGGUGCUGCCGCGGCUCCACCUGUCGCCGCGCUCACGGGGCCGGCCACCGACACACACACCGCCGUGUACCUGCUCUACGCCUACACUCGCAUACGCUCGAUAGCACGAGUGGCUCACGUGGAUCCGGCUCAGCUGCGCUCCGAGGCUCGCCGCGUCGGCGGCGUGGCGCUCAGUCACGCCAGCGAGCGCCGGCUGGCCCGCGCCAUCCUGCGCCUGCCCGAGGUGCUGGCCCGGACGGCGGACGACCUGCAGCUGCACGCGCUGUGCGACUUCCUGUACGAGCUCGCCGGGACCUUCACAGACUUCUACGACGCCUGCUACUGCGUGGAGAAGGAUCGCACCACCGGUGAGGUGGUGAAGGUGAACAUGAGCCGCCUGCUGCUGUGUGAGGCGACCGCCAUGGUGAUGGAGACUUGCUUCCACAUCCUGGGCCUCACGCCCGUGCAGCGCAUGUGACACCGUUACUACAACCCGACCACACCGCGACCAAUCAGCGACCCCGUUACUACAACCCUGAACCCCGCAACCAAUCAGAGACCCCGUUACUACAACCCCGAACACCGCGACCAAUCAGAGACCCCGUUACUACAACCCCGAACACCGCGACCAAUCAGAGACCCCGUUACUACAACCCCCGAACACCGCGACCAAUCAGAGACACCGUUACUACAACCCCGAACACCGCAACCAAUCAGAGACACCGUUACUACAACCCCGAACACCGUGACCAAUCAGAGACACCGUUACUACAACCCUGAACACCGCGACCAAUCAGAGACACCGUUACUACAACCCCGAACACCGCAACCAAUCAGAGACAGCGUUACUACAACCCCGAACACCGCAACCAAUCAGAGACACCGUUACUACAACUCCGAACACCGCGAUCAAUCAGAGACACCGUUACUACAACCCCGAACACCGCGACCAAUCAGAGACUUCGUUACCGCACCCCGUAAAACUCGACGACCAAUCGGGGUCCGCUUCGCUACGACCCCAAAUGGCGUGGACCAAUCAGGGUCAAGUAUUGCAGGGGGGGGGGGGGGGUGGGCGGUGCUGUACUCGCCACUCGCGGUUACCCACAAUGCACUUGAUUCUGCUUUGCUCCCGAGCUGGGAGAAAUAAAUUCUCGGUUUGACUGCUGCCACGCAAUUUACCCAGCAUGCUCAGAGGUAGCUCUGUGACAUCCACUUCUGCUGGUUCCAUUCAAGCGUCACUUAUAGAAGUGGGGCUCAGAGAUAGCUCUGUGGUGUCCACUUCUGCGGGUUCCAUUCCAGCGUCACUUCUAGAAGUGGGGCUCAGAGAUAGUUCUGUGGUGUCCACUUCUGCGGGUCCCAUUCAAGCGUCACUUCUAUAAGUGGAGCUCAGAGGAAGUUCUGUGGUGUCCACUUUUGCGGGUUCUAUUCAAGCGUCACUUCUAGAAGUGGGGCUCAGAGGUAGUUCUGUGGUGUCCACUUCUGCGGGUCCCAUUCAAGCGUCACUUCUAUAAGUGGAGCUCAGAGGAAGCUCUGUGGUGUCCACUUUUGCGGGUUCCAUUCAAGCGUCACUUCUAUAAGUGGAGCUCAGAGGAAGCUCUGUGGUGUCCACUUUUGCGGGUUCCAUUCAAGCGUCACUUCUAGAAGUGGGGCUCAGAGGUAGUUCUGUGGUGUCCACUUCUGCGGGUCCCAUUCAAGCGUCACUUCUAUAAGUGGAGCUCAGAGGUAGCUCUGUGGUGUCCACUUUUGCGGGUUCCAUUCCAGCGUCACUUCUAGAAGUGGGGCUCAGAGGUAGUUCUGUGGUGUCCACUUCUGCGGGUUUCAUUCAAGCGUCACUUCUAUAAGUGGAGCUCAGAGGUAGUUCUGUGGUGUCCACUUCUGCGGGUUCCAUUCAAGCGUCACUUCUAGAAGUGGAGCUCAGAGGUAGUUCUGUGGUGUCCACUUCUGCGGGUUCCAUUCUAGCGUCACUUCUAGAAGUGGAGCUCAGCAGUAGCUCUGUAGCGUCCGCUUCUGCGGGUUCCAUUUAAGCGUCACUUCUAGAAGUGGAGCUCAGAGGUAGCUCUGUGGAGUCCACUUCUGCGGGUUCCAUUCAAGCGUCACUUAUAGAAGUGGAGCUCAGAGGCAGUUCUGUCAGAUCCACUUCUGCGGGUUCCAUUCCAGCGUCACGUCUAGAAGUGGGGCUCAGAGGUAGUUCUGUGGUGUCCACUUCUGCGGGUUCCAUUCAAUCGUCACUUAUAGAAGUGGAGCUCAGAGGUAGCUCUGUCAGACCCGCUCCCGCGGGUUCUGACGUCACGUGCAGCUGAGAGCACGUGACGUCACUGGCUCCGCCCCCUGGGCCUGCUGGGCUUGCGUUGUCGCGAUUCCAGCAGCGGAGAGAGCACAGCUCGGCGUGGCGGCGAUCCAAACGUCGUCGUUCUUGUUGUUUUUUGUUGUUUUCUUUGAGCCCAUCUACGUGACUUUGCCGAAAGACCCAAAGAAUAUGAAUCGCUGCGGUCGCGAACAAAGCGCUAAGUCGAGAUUUGAAACAGCAUUGCGAGGUCUUUGUGCAUCUCCUGCGGGAGGAGGGAAAUCCCAUGAGCUGUAAAGCUCUUUGAUGUCCAGGAAGGGGUUCAGGGGGUUCAGCGACGAGGGAUGAUUCAGACACCACGGGGAGAUAAAUAAACACAGUUCUUUCAA